AUGGCGCGCCAGCCGUUCAUGUACGAGCCGGUCCGCAAGGACGAUGACCGCUUCCCUCAGAAGCCAUUUGAUCCCAAGGCCGUGACUCGUGCGAGCUGGGAGCCGAAUAAGCCCAAACCAAAACCCAGUGCACCUUACGUCGCAAUCAACCGCCAUCCCGACUCCCAUGUCGUGCCAAGCGGUAGCCGGGCCAAGUACAAGCCCAUGAGCUACCGCACGACAAAUUGGAUCAAGCGCAUGCGAGCCGUGCAGCUUUGCCUUCGCGUUCUUGAGGCCAUCGCUGCCGUUGGUCUUUUUGUGGUCAUGGCAAUCUCGGGCCUGAUUGCCUUGGUUAUCGGUGUGACGCUCGGUGUUGUUGUCGUCCACUGCCUCUACAGUGUCUUCCAUCAUGCUCAACGGGCUGGGUCACGGGCUCCUGGUUCCUCGGCCGCCUACCAGGUCUUUUCGGCUGUGUCUGACCUUUGCGUGUUGCCUCUGUAUGCCUACGGUGCCUUGGCUGUCCAUCACAAGAGACAGGAAUGGCAGGGGACCACUAAGGACAAGCCUCAUCUCAUGAAUUAUAUGAUUCCCUCCGUCCAGUACGGUCUUAUUGCUGCCGGCGGGUUACAUGUCGUCUCCCUUGCCAUCUCUCUGUAUCUGGCCUUGAUGUUCCGGCGCAUCGCUCGCAUGCCUCCGGACAUGAACCCGCUGGAGCCAACAUUUACUUCGCCUCCCAAUCUGCAUACACGGAAUAAGCCUUCGAUCGCCACGGUUUCGACAGAGUUCUCCUAUGAAAAGCAUCGCGACAGCCUCCUGUUUGAUUCCGAUUCUCGCCCUCCAUCCGUCCCCUUCAUGCACACACGUCAGGGUUCCAACAUUUCUAUCACCGCCGACAAUGUCCGCUCAAGCUUCCCCAGCAGCAAGCAUGCCUCCCUGCCACCCACCUUGCUAAGCUCCAAUCAUCCAGGCAACCCCUUUGUUGAUCUUGAUUUGGGUGAUCCCGAACCAAAGCCACUUGGCCCCAAGUCCAUGUCUGCCUCUGCUGUCGACGCCGACACCGCUCAGAAGCCAACCUCAGCCCAGCACCAGCCACGAACAGCGAAGUUCACUGAAACCUGGUAUGCCUCUGACUCGCUCAUCGGCCGCACGCAGAAGCGGCUAAACGCUGUUACAGCUGUGGCUGCGACUCCGGCCAAGAACAAUGCCAAGUACUACACCUCCAUGCAGCAGCAUCCCGAUCUGCCUGACUCCCCCAACUCCUCGCCCGAUAACGAUAGCGACGACGACGACGACGACUACACAACCGCGCGGUCAGCCAGCACCAAGCACUGCAACGCCGUCGCCAGCCACCAGCACAUCGAUAGCGAUUAUGAGGACGAAAGCAAGGUGGCCCCUGCUGCUUCUGAUGCUCAACCCAACCCGUUGCGCUCGCACCCUGUUGACUAUGACUAUGCUCCGGAUCCGAAUCAUUAUCUCCCCGUUGAUGCUUCUUCCCUAAGGUCUGCAGCCAAACGGCCCCGAACCCCCGGCCCGUUUGCUCGUCUGCGUGCUUCCAUGGGCCUCACCGAGAUUCACCCCAACGACCGGCGCGUGAGUGGGUCACAGGAUAUAACCGAUCAGACCGACAUUGCCGACGACAAGCAGAAGAUCAAGCCGUUCCAGCCGCGCAACCGUCAGAGCUCGAUCCAACCCGAUAGUGAUUUCUGUGCACGGGGAAAGAAGUCCUACACAAAGCCGUAUGGCGAGCUGCGGCCCGAGACACCACCUACCAUGGUGGACAGUCUGUACGCGAGGCACAAUAACGGCAACAGGCAGGUUUCCACGGGAAUUGAUUACGGGGAUCUGGGGGCUGCUUCGCUCGGGAGAAGGGUGCUGAGUGGCAGGGCCGCAGAGGAAGGAUACGCUGGGUUGAGGAGAGACGGACCGAUUCUGAGCAUUUGCUCGCAGUGA